CGCGACGCCUGCGCAGCACGGCGCGUUGGGUUAGCCCAGAGUGUGUGCGCUGUACCUGCGGUCGCCUUCGUUCCCCAGUGGCCGGCGGAAGCCCGGACGCUGGGAGUCGAGGUUGCUCCGCAGGUUGCACACCAGGCCAGUGGCUGAUCCUGAGCCUCCAUGUACCACAGGGGCCCCCCGGGAAGAAUGGCCACCAUGGGCAGUCUGCUUGGCCUACUGCGGCAGCACGUGGUGAUGGGGGCUGCCCCUGCGUGUCGCCACCUGCACCUGUCCUCCCAGAUCGCUGACGGCAACAGGGCCUCACUCACGCGCGUGCGCCGGCAAGCCUAUGCGCGCCUCUACCCUGUGCUCCUGAUCAAGCAGGAUGGCUCCACCAUCCACAUCCGCUAUCGGGAGCCACGGCGAAUGCUUGAGAUGCCCGUGGAUCUGGACGCCCUGUCCCCAGAGGAGAGGAGGGCCCGGUUCCGGAAACGCAUGGCCCAGCUCACAGAGCAAAAGCAGCAGCAGCCAGAGCUGGGCGACGACUUUGAUGUGGAGCGGUACAAGCAGUUUUGGACCAAAAAGUGACUGUGCCUGGAAGCUGGCCGGGUUGGGGACACCGUGGGUGGGGAGGGUGAGCCUUUAAACAUAGUGUGUUCACAAAGCC